AUGAUCAUAUCCGGAUCACUUGGACAACAUUUUGUGCCUUUGGUGCACAAUAUGUGUCAAAUUGAUUCAAUUUUUAUUCUUUGUGACAACCAAAAACAUCAUGAACAAUGGACUAAAGAUUGGCCCAAAAUAAAGGGUGUCUACACAGAUAUUACAUCCAUCUGUGAAGCACUCAAGGAAGCUGCUCAUCAAUGUGAGCAAAAUGCUAUUCCUAUGAGUUUUGUGGGUACAAAUAAAAACUUGGAUCAAUUAGAUCCUUCUUUUAUGUACACUCAAAUCAUCAAAGAAAUACUGUUAACCAUCCAAUUCGAACAAAAACACAUCCAAGAUUAUAUUAAUUACUGCCGCGAUCCUUUUAAAGGUAAUAUAAAAGACGUCGAAAACAUUAAACAAUUGGAAGACCAGUAUCACGACGAAACACCGAUUUAUUGGUACACCCGUGACAUGUUCUUGUAUCCCAUGCUCAAUCGUGCAUUACGAUUAACGGAUGGUGAUAUCAUUACACGUAUGGGUUUCUUCAUUGGUGAUUUGCAUCGACAGAUUGAACAACUGCACCGGGAACAAUAUCCUGAUACAAUUCCUGCUAACACUUUUACCGUUUAUCGUGGCCAAGGUUUAUCCGCAGCAGAUUUUGAACAAAUGAUAAAAAUCAGAGGUGGUCUUAUUUCAUUCAACAACUUCUUAUCUACCAGUAAAGACCGGGAUCUCUCUUAUGCUUUUGCUGAAAGCAAUCAGGCCAAUCCAGAUUUAGUUGGAAUACUUUUCGUUAUUAAAGUAGAUCCAUCUCAAUCAACAUCACCAUUUGCUUCAAUUGCUGGAAUCGGCAAAUUCCAAGGAGAAGAGGAAGUCUUGUUCUCUAUGCAUAGCGUUUUUCGUAUCCAGGAUAUCAAACAAAUGGCUGGAAAUGAUCGUUUAUAUGAAGUUAACUUGGUACUUACUGCUGACAACGAUCCAGAAUUAAACAGACUUACAGAUUACAUCCGAGAAGAGAGUUAUCCAGAUGAAGAAGGAUGGUACAGAUUGGGUUUGUUACUAUUUAAAACGGGUCAAUAUGACAAAGCUGAAGACAUUUAUCAAGUUCUACUUGACCAAACAAAGGAUGAUAAAAGUAGGGCAAAUAUUUAUCUUCAUCUUGGUGUGAUCAAAUAUGUUCAAGGAAAAUAUGAAGAAGCACUUACAUUCUAUGAACAAUCACUUGCUAUUUAUCAAAAAAUUCUUCCUUGUAGUCAUCCUGAUAUGGCUUCUUCCCACAACAACAUUGGUUUGGUGCAUUACAGCAUGAGUAAUUAUCCAAAAGCACUUUCAUCUCACGAAAAAGCCUAUGAAAUUGAACAGCAAUCACUUCCUCCAAAUCAUCCUCACUUCGCUAAGUCCCUCAACAACAUUGGUAAUGUGCAUUUCAGAAUGGGUAAUUAUCCAAAAGCACUUUCAUUUCACGAAAAAGCCCUUGAAAUUCAACAACUAUCACUUCCUACCAACCAUCCUGGUUUGGCUCAGUCUUAUAAUAGCAUUGGUUUAGUGUAUCACAAGAUGGGUAAUUAUCCAGAAGCACUUCCUCAUUAUGAAAAAGCUCUUGAGAUUCAACAAAAAUCACUUACUCACAAUCAUCCUGAUUUAGCGUCUUGCUACAUCACGAUUGGUUUAGUGCAUAAAAACAUGGGUAACUAUUCAGAAGCACUUUCUUAUAAUAAAAAAACCAUUGAAGUUCAACAACAAUCACUUCCUCCCGACCAUCCUGAUUUGGCUAUUUCUUACAACAACAUUGGUAAUGUGCAUAAAAAUAUGAGUAAUUAUUCAGAAGCACUUUCUUAUUAUGAAAAAGCCCUUGAGAUUCAACAAAAAUCCCUUCCUCGCAAUCAUCCUGAUUUGGCGACUUUCUACAUCUCCAUUGGCGUACUAUAUUCCAAUACGAGCAAUUAUCCAAAAGCAUUUUCUUAUUAUGAAAAAGCCCUCGAGAUUCAACAACAAUCACUUCCUCCUAAUCAUCCUGAUUUGACUAUGUCCUACGGUAAUAUUGGUAAUGUGCAUACCAAGAUGGGUAAUUAUCCAAAAGCACUUUUAUCUUAUGAAAAAGUCCUUAAAAUUCAACAGCAAUCACUUCCUUCCAAUCAUCCUUUUUUAGCUAUUUCCUAUAACAAUAUUGGUACUGCGUAUUACCGCAUGGGUGAUCACUCAAAAGCCCGUAGAUUUUAUAAACAUGCUAUACGAACUGGAGAACAAUCAUUACCUUCGAACCACCCACAUCUUCAACAGUGGAGAAAUAACCUUAAACUUGCAAAUAACAAAUAA